AUCGAUCGUAAGCAAUGCACAUUCUCCAGAACUUGGCGCGAACGGUUCAAGAAUACUUCCUAGAAACCCCCUCUCAUACUGCUAUCUUCGUACCUAUCCUCCUAGGAAAGGCUGAGGAGAACUAUAACUUCAACAACCUCGAGAGCAUAUCUUCUCCCGAGUAUGCACAUGAGCUCGGGGAGAUCAGACGCUUCAUCGAGCAGAACUUUCCUUCUCUGACGGUCUCAUCUCCUGAUAAGACUUGUGGACAUUGCAAGCCUUGUAUGGAGGACAAAUCUCACAUUGAGCUGCACGGUCGCCUCAUGGAUGCUCUUGCUACAACCCGGGAUAUUGACACCAUCACCAACAUACGCUUCAUCCUCGCCGUUAUCGUCAUCCACUGUCUGGCCCACACAUUUGCGGUUGGCAAUCCUAGGCCAAUGCACACAAAUGAUUUCCCAUUCUACAUGUGCAGUAAUUUGCUUCUUGAUUACGAUAUCGCUGAGGCUGGCUUCUUCGCUGAGGAGGGAAUCUUUGGCGGUAUCAUUGGCAUCGUAUUCAAAGAUCAGGAGAAUGGAAUGCCUCCAGAAUUCUUAGAGGCGGACUUCACGAAGAUCGCCUAUCUCUUUCUUCUUGACCGGACUGGGGCGACGUAUCGCCUUGACCCCAGAGAGCUUGCAGAGCAGUUAAAGCGUCAUCGCUUCGGCCGAUUCACGAAUACUCGUUGCAUCGAGGUGCCGAGGAAUAUUAUAGAGAGAACGUGUGCUGCGUUUAAUGGCGACCACCUUCCGAUCGAGCGAGUUGGUGCUGGUCGUGAUCCCGACUGGCUGGAAGCGAUACUACAACACGGCGAUCUUGAGCACACCGAUGACCGAUUCCACCACGAAUGCAUCCAUUUCAUGUCUUAAAGUCUGCUGUUCAUUUAGUGAUUACGGGUUCUCAUCUAGCUCCUGUAUGUGCUGAACUCUUGAGCUCUCCAAAGUUUGUCACAAUGUCUCGAUCUUCUUUGCUAACACCUCGCUCUAUGACUUUCGCCAUUUCUGGAGGACGAACACGUAUGCGCCUGACGAUGUCAAAUAAACUGUGUGGUGAUCGGGUUCUAACGUCUGCUGUACUUGAGAUU